AUGCAAGCCGCUUUCGACUCGUUUGCUCGCUCGCGCGAGGACUUUCGUGUCAGCGCUGCGGCGUGGGACAUCGUGACCGAUCACAUCUCGCGCUGCGCGGAAGAGGACGACCGCGAGGACUACAUGCUACUCACGCUCUGUGAGCUCUUUCUCAAAAGCGGCACCAAGGUGAUGCUCGAGGAGGUUGAGGACCGUCCCGAGCUGAACGGUCUGUACGCCGACGUCGUUGGCAAGUGUGAGGACGGCUACUUUCCGGUUCACGUCGCAGAAAUUGACGAGCACUGCUCCGUUAGCGUGCGCAGCCUGCGGCCCGCCGGCUUCGAUUCGCGCCCCCAGCCGGACUUCAAGAUCCGCGCCGUCGCCGACGAGGGCGGAGCCACGGGCUUCAUCUACACGGUGGGCCUGAGCGGGCUCGGCGGCUCCGUCAUGUACCCUAUGCUGACCGAGUUCGGCCGCGAGAUGUUUGUGCGAGAUGUGGAGAGCGUCGCCAAGCUGAUGAACUUCCUCGUCUCGCGAAUGGAGGAGGGCGUGCCCGUCAACGACGAGCAGCUCGUCCAGAGCAACGGCCUCAUGAUGGCCAGCCAGCUCCACACGGCGGAGACUGCCGCGGAGAUGCGCGCGGAGUAUCAUCUCGAGCAGCCGGAAGGCAGCGAGCUCAUCGAGCUGCACCCCGUCGUCAGUUGUGAGGGCAACGACGACAUGUGGGGCCGCAUCCUGACGCAAGCCGACGCGCGAGCCAUGGCCGCCCAGGCAGGGCUGUGACGGGAGUCAGGACGAGGAAGGCCUCUAGCUCGUGGCCUCUAGUCCUGCUGCUCGCACCGACGCCGCGCGCUGCUGCCCUGUGCGCACACGGCCGCUGGGCCAUUCGAACUCGGGGCUUUCAUGUCGGCGAGGCGGCGGUCGGCGUGGCACGCGCGCCUCUGGCGGCGGUCGUUUGCCGGCCGGCGUGUGCGCGCGUGCGCGUGCGGCCCGGAUCGAGCGUCGAGUCGCCGAAGCAGCUGCGCUGCGCUCCCGCGCGUUCACCACCUCACAUCUGCACUCGUGUCUUUCGGGUAUAUAAGGUAAGGUAAGGUAAGGUAAACGUCUC